AUGGAGGACUGGGUUCUCGUAUAUUCUACGGGUCUUCAUUAUGUGAAGCUCUACGACUACUUUCUCACCUUUGGCGAGGAAGUAUCCAAGAUAUGGCACAGCAGGUUAUCUCUUGGCAAAGUCCUGUUCCUCUUGUCCAGGUAUACGGCAUUUGUCGAUCAACCAAUCAACUUGCUCCUUCUAUUCGGCCAUGAUUUAACCCCAAAGUUCUGUGGCAUCAUAGGCAACUUCAUGACCGCGCUUACCUUUGUGGGGGUUUGCGCCUCUGAGGGUAGGCUCUCCCUUGCUCAAUCACUGGUCGCCGUUCUAACUGAGACCCUCCUCAGCGAUACUGCUGCUGUCAUUGAACUGCCUUCUAGGCGCAUCAAAGAAAAGCAAGAUAGUUCUAUCUCUGUCCUUCGGACGGUUCCACCAACCUUUCCAGGCUCUGUCUGUGAAUUCUACCAUCCUCCCCAACUAGAUGGGCUCCUUUGCUGCUACUAUAUCUUGAUCGCUGGGGAAUUCUGUAUCACAAUCGCUGGACUGACCGUCGGAUUGAGGGAAUAUCGGCACGCCCGAAGUCGUUUGAUGAUUAGUUUGUACCAAGAUGGAACCCUCUACUUCGUCACUCUAUUAGGUGGGUACAACUUUCCGAAUGUCUGCAUCGGCUGGUUUAGCCCCCUUCCAGUAUUCUCGACACUCAACAUAUCCGCGCCGUACAUAUUCCCGCCCUAUCUUGGUCGUAUUCACAGCGUAUCGAGGUAG